UCAUCACAAUUCGUCGAAAAAAGGCAACUUUGCUGGAUACGAUGGAACCGGUCGUUGGAUUAAGUAGAUAUCGAGUAGUGUUUUUUAAGCAGGGCUGCUGUCCUGUUUUGGAUUAAAGCUGGUUUUUCGCUGUUUACUCUGAUUUUCAUGGGAGCUUUUGGAGAUGUUGAGAUCUUGUUGGGGUCGUUGUGGGGCUUGUGGAAUCUGUAACAGGGACACUUCCCUUUAGUUGAUGUUUGCUCCAUGGAUUUUGAUUUCAUGGCUGCUCCCUUUUUAUUUGUUUGUUUAUUCAUUUGCAGAGACAAAAGGAAAAGGUUGGUUUUGGAUUCUAUGUUGUUUUCUGUCAUUUUUAGAGCAAAUCAUGGAUCGGUUUCGUCUUCGGAUUCGGUAGAGUCUCGUUUUCGUGUGAAGAGUUGCGCUGAAGCUUCUAACCGUGUCAGGUUGAUUGAACGCCUUACCGUGUUAAGAAUAUUCCAAUGGAGCUCGAUCCUUAUUUUUAUGAAGCAUUUUCUUCCCUUCUUUGGGACAUAGAAUUAAUUACAUUUCUUCAUGUUUGAGUCUCUGAGGAUUGGUUUUAACUCUCGGUGACUUUUUCUGGAAAAAAAUGGGGCCCUGGAAUAACGAAAGUGCAUUUAUUUUGAAUGACUCCUUUUGUUGCAUUGAUUUUGAAGGGCAAAUUUUUAUUGCGCUUGCAACAACGGUUAUAGAUUAUCAGAUUUCAGUGUCUAUGGUUUUCAAUUCAUAAAACACAUCAAGUGUUUUGUAGGUCGAGCCGUGAUUGUCUUUAGAGAACUGCCAUUUUUUUUUUUUUUGGUUACAUCUGCCUUUAAUUAGAUGUACUCCUCUGGAGCUAUGCCAGUCACUAGAUAUGUAUAGUGGGUAGGGACUCGUAGCAGACUGAGAGACUUGAAAUUAUGCAGGGUAGGUAUCAGCUAAUUAUGUGUGUUGCAUCUUUACUUGGGCAGUCGGUUCCAAGUUGCUAUGUAUGUAUGGUUUAUGUAAAUAGUCGAGUAAUUGCUACCAGCAUCGUCUUCAGUUCAUGUAUGGUAUGGUUGCAUCCUCAACCUAAUUUGUAUUGUUGUAAUCAAUACUAAUGCUGAUUUUGAUUGCAUUGCUGAAGCAUUACUUGUUUAACGACCAUGCUUGUCUUCUUGAUCUUGAUGCACUUAUCAACAAAAUCAUGAUGUCUGGGGCCUCUCGACUGAAUUCUGUUCCAUAAUGACCUGACAAAGCAUCUCUCUUCUAGUUACAAUUCAUGAAACAGUAUCAUGCAGGCAGUAAAGAUGAGGCGUUCUUCGAUUCCCGAGCCUGGCUAGACUCAGAUUGUGAAGACGAUUUCUUCAGUGUCAAUGGUGAUUUUACCCCUUCCCGUGGAAACACUCCAGUCCACAACUCCUUUACGGGCACUCCUCGGGUCAUCAAGAUCCCUAGUAUAACCACAGACAAGCCACCUUCUUCCGUUCCUGGGCCAACCCCAGUUACAAAGAAGAAGAAACUUGCAGAGCUCUUCCGUGACAGCAUCGGCCGCAGCGAAGAAAUUCCGGGUGCUGCCAAUGUUGAUAAUUCCGACGCUUCUCCUGAGAAGAAAACAUCAGAUACUCCUAAGCUGCCGACAACGACCAUCCUCGACGUCCUCCCCAGCUCAGAACAGGGGACACCUUACGUCUCAGGAGCUAACUCUCUCAGCAACAGCCAACGGACCCCUAAUGAACCCAAUCAGGAGGAGAAGCUGGACAAGCUUGUGCAGCAGCGGUGCCUCCCGAGCCUCAAGGCCUGCAGGAUCUCCAUGGAUAGGAAGAAGAAGAUGAGCCCAGCCAUCGCUGUAAAUGAUUGAAGCCCCGGAAUUUUAGUCCCAUCUGUAGAUUCAGAAAGUUGUCGAGCUACCUUCACUUGACUCAUGUAUAGUCUAGAGCUUUAAGAAAUCGUGUCGAGGAGACCUUUACUUAACUGCAGCAUGAAGAGAUUGAUACCGUGGCCUGUAAGUCGAGGAUAUUUUACUCCUGAAGGCAGAGCAGUCUCAAAACAAUUUGGGCCAUCUCUUUCAGAUUUUCACCUACUUUUGCUUGAACUCCCGAAGUUUACAUACUUUACAAAUGUAAUAAAAACAGAGUCCCCUACGGAUUAGUUAUCAAAAUUCGGCUUCUAUAG